AUGUCGUCGAAGUCGCAACCAUCACAGAAGAUCCCCAGACAUGCUGGGGGUGCCUUCAAUCCACGUAAAGCGACGGCACCUAUUGCGGCUGCCGCCAUGGCACUUAUUCUGUAUGCCUAUUCCGUGACUUCUAUCAGAGCAGCCAAACGAAAUGCACAGCUACAUCGCGAAGCAGACGGAGGACAAGUUGAUAUGAGGAAGGAAAGUCUGCGACGACAUGGUGUGCUCGACAAAAUUGAAGGCACAAGUGACUUCGAGCUCUUUCGCAAUGCUCGCCGCGAGCACAAAGAAGAAACUGAGCAUACUGGAGCGAACCAGGCUAACGCUCCACAUCUUUUGGGACCACGAGAGGAAUUGGGCACUACCCGAACAGAUGUCGAGAGUGGGUUGGAAGAGCAUAAGAGUCUCGGAAAUGCUUUCAAGAAAUUUCAGCAGAAGAAGUCGGAAUGA